GGCUGGGGGCUGGGAGGAACCGGGGCGGGAAGGGGAGGCCUUACAGCUGUCCCUGAGGAGAGCUUUGAGGCUCUAUAGGGUGUUGGGGUGAAGGGCUUGGUGGUGGGACGAGUUCAGGACCGCAGGAGGUAGGGCGGUUAGACGGCGUUUGGGUUCCUGGUGAAGGGUUUAGGGAGUGAGAAAGGAGGUGAUUAAAGUUAACAUGGGGAGGGAAUGUAGUUAUGCUUGGGCAGAAUUAGGGCAGUGAAUUGGUGUGAAAAGGUAUUAGGAAUCUCUCUAAGGAAGAGAUCUAGAGCUAAGGGAGAGGUCCAGGUGUGAAGGAUGGGGUUAAAUUAAUAUGAAGAGACGUUAAAACAAUGUGUUGGGAGGGGGUUGGGUACCCUUCGAAUGCGUUAAGAGUGGUCUCUGCGCAAAGGAGGAAUAUGUUAAUAAGAAAGGGGUUUCUAGGUGUCUCUAGAAUGCGCUGGGAGGGUUUUUUUUGUUUUGUUUUUUAAAGUACAGGUAAUUAGGCCAAAGUGAAGGUGGGAUUUGGUUAUUGGGGGUGUGGAAUAGGGUGGCAAGAGAUCUGUGUGUUAAAAGUGGGGUGGGUUCUGGGUAUUCCUGGAAUGAGAAUGAGGUGGUAGGUUGAUAAAUUGGGGGUCUGGGUAUCCCCAGAGCAGUAGGCUGGUGAGAGGGCUUUGGGUGUGAGGAAGAGGUGUCUGCAGGAUUAGGGUGGUGAUGGGGGGGUUCUGCCUGAAAAGAAUAGGGAGGCUGGGAAUCUCUAAAAGAGAUUGGGGCAGUGGGAGGGUAUGUGUGAAAGGAAUUUAAGCCACAUUGUGAAGGGUCUGGAUAUCCCUGGAGUGGGUUAGAGUAUGUAGGCAUCUUUUUGUAAAGAAGAGGAGUUAAGUUGAUAUAAGAUGGGUUCUGAGCAUCCCUGGAAUGGGUUAGGGUGGGGUUGGGUUUUUUUGCAAAUAAGAAAAGGUUGAGUUAAUAAUGUGAAGGAGUAUCUGGGUAUCCCUGGGAUGGGUUAGUGUAUGUGGGUGUAUAAAGGGUUUAAAACAAUGUGGAGAAGGUAUCUGGGCAUCCUCAGAAUGGGUUAGGGUGGGCCUGUUUGGCAAAGAAGAGGUGCUUAGUUGAUAUGAAGAGAGGGUGUGGGUAUCCCUGAAUGAGUUGGGGUGGUUGUAUAUGAAGAAGAGAGGUUUAAGUCAAUGUGAAGGGAGGAUAUGGGUAUCCUAGAAGGGGUUACAAUUGUAGAUUUGGUCUUGGAACAAGGAAGAAGUGAUUAAUGUGAAGUGGCUGGAUACCCUAGAGGCAUGAGUUAGAGUGGUAGGACGGGUCUAGAUAGGAAGAAAGGAUUAGGCUUUUGUGAGGACGGGUCUGAGUAUUCUGGAUGGGGGGGGUUUAGGGUUGUGGGAGAAGGCCUUGGUUUGUAGAGGAGGUUCAGUAGUUUAAGGGGACGGCUGGAUAUCACGAGGAAGUUAAAGUGGGGAAGGUGUGAGUGUGGGAAUAGGUUAGUGUGAGAAAAUUUGGACAAGGGGUAGUCGAAUGUGUGGAAUCUGGGCACCAUAGGAAGAGAGUUAGUGGGUAGCAGGGGUUGUGUGUGAAGGAAGGUUGUACCAUGUAAGGGUACUGAAAGUGGAGUGGUGUGGCAUUGGGACAGCUUGAAUAGUCUGAGUGUAAAAAGAGGUCCAAGAACCUGGGAGAAGGAGCAGAGGCCAUGGGAGAAGUGUGACUGGGAGAAAUAGGCAGUUAAGGCUUAUGUGAGGUUUCACCUGGGUACCUUUGAGAGGGAAUGGGGUACUUUGAAUUCAUUAGGAUAAGAGACAGGUUGCUGUUGAUGGGUGGGACUGUGGGGCCUGCUGGGAGGCACAGAAGAUAAGGGGAUUGGACAGGUUACAAGGAUCUGGUGGGUGGAGUUUGGUUCCAGUUGAUUCAGAGCCCAGGGCCUUGCCGCCACCAUGACUGAGGAGUCAGAGGAGACAGUCCUGUACAUUGAACACCGCUAUGUCUGCUCUGAGUGCAACCAGCUCUAUGGAUCCCUGGAGGAGGUGCUCAUGCACCAGAACUCCCACGUGCCGCAGCAGCACUUUGAGCUGGUGGGUGUGGCUGACCCUGGAGUCACUGUGGCCACAGAGGCAGCUUCUGGCACGGGCCUCUAUCAGACUCUAGUGCAGGAGAGUCAGUACCAGUGCCUGGAGUGUGGUCAGCUACUCAUGUCACCCAGCCAGCUCUUGGAGCACCAGGAGCUGCACCUGAAAAUGAUGGUACCCCAGGAGGCAGUGCCAGCUGAGCCACCACCCAAGGCACCCCCACUGAGUUCCAGCACCAUCCACUAUGAGUGUGUGGAUUGCAAGGCUCUCUUUGCCAGCCAGGAGCUCUGGCUGAACCACAGGCAGAUGCAUCUCCGGGCAACACCUACCAAGGCUCCUGCCCCAGUAGUCCUAGGGUCUCCAGUUGUCCUAGGGCCCCCCAUGGGCCAGGCCCGAGUGGCUGUGGAGCACUCAUACCGAAAAGCAGAAGAGGGUGGGGAAGGGGCAGCUGUUCCAUCUGCAGCUGCCACCACCACUGAGGUGGUGACUGAGGUGGAGCUGCUCCUCUACAAGUGCUCUGAGUGCUCCCAGCUCUUCCAGUUGCCGGCCGACUUCCUGGAGCACCAGGCAACUCACUUUUCUGCUCCUGCCCCAGAGUCUGAGGAGCCUGCCUUACAGCAGGAAACGCUGACCUCAUCACCUGCAGAGGAACCUGUGUCUCAGCCUGACCCCUUGCCAGCCUCCGACCACAGUUAUGAGCUGCGAAAUGGUGAAGCUGUUGGGCGCGAUCGCCGGGGGCGCAAGGCCCGGAGGAACAACAGUGGAGAGCCAGGUGGGGCAGCCACACAGGAGCUCUUUUGCUCAGCCUGUGACCAGCUCUUUCUCUCACCCCACCAGCUACAGCAGCACCUGAGGAGUCACCGGGAGGGUGUCUUUAAGUGUCCCCUGUGCAGCCGUGUCUUCCCUAGCCCUUCCAGUCUGGACCAGCACCUUGGAGACCACAGCAGUGAGUCGCACUUCCUGUGUGUAGACUGUGGCCUGGCUUUUGGCACAGAGGCCCUCCUCUUGGCCCACCGGCGAGCCCACACCCCAAAUCCUCUGCAUUCGUGUCCCUGUGGAAAGACCUUUGUCAAUCUCACCAAGUUCCUUUAUCACCGGCGUACCCAUGGGGUAGGGGGUGUCCCUCUGCCCACGACACCAGUCCCACCAGAGGAGCCUGUCAUCGGUUUACCUGAGCCAGCCCCAGCAGAGACUGGAGAGCCAGAGGCCCCGGAGCCCCCCGUGUCCGAGGAGAGCUCAGCAGGGCCCACUGCCCCAGGCACCUACCGCUGUCUCCUGUGCAGCCGUGAAUUUGGCAAGGCAUUGCAGCUGACCCGACAUCAGCGUUUUGUACACCGGCUAGAGCGGCGCCAUAAGUGCAGCAUUUGUGGCAAGAUGUUCAAGAAGAAGUCUCAUGUGCGUAACCACCUGCGCACACACACUGGGGAACGGCCCUUCCCCUGCCCUGACUGCUCCAAGCCCUUCAACUCGCCUGCCAACCUGGCCCGCCACCGGCUCACGCACACAGGGGAGCGGCCCUACCGGUGUGGGGACUGUGGUAAAGCCUUUACGCAAAGCUCAACGCUAAGGCAGCAUCGCCUGGUGCACGCCCAGCACUUCCCCUACCGCUGUCAGGAAUGUGGGGUGCGUUUUCACCGCCCUUACCGCCUGCUCAUGCACCGCUACCACCACACGGGCGAGUACCCAUACAAGUGUCGUGAGUGCCCUCGCUCAUUCUUGCUGCGCCGGCUGCUGGAGGUCCACCAGCUCGUGGUUCAUGCAGGGCGCCAGCCCCACCGCUGCCCAUCCUGUGGGGCUGCCUUCCCCUCUUCUCUGCGGCUCUGUGAGCACCGCUGUGCAGCUGCGGCUGCCCAAGCCCCACGGCGCUUCGAGUGUGGCACCUGUGGCAAGAAAGUGGGCUCCGCUGCACGGCUGCAGGCACAUGAGGCAGCUCAUGCAGCUGCUGGGCCUGGAGAGGUCCUGGCUAAGGAGCCCCCAGCCCCGCGGGCCCCGCGGGCCACUCGCACACCAGGUGCCUCCCCGACGGCCCUCGGAGGUACUGCCACAGCAGCUCCUGCGACCCCUGCCCGGCGCCGGGGUCUGGAAUGCAGCGAGUGCAAGAAGCUGUUCAGCACAGAGACAUCACUACAGGUACACCGGCGCAUCCACACCGGUGAGCGGCCAUACCCAUGUCCGGACUGUGGUAAAGCCUUCCGGCAGAGCACCCACCUGAAAGACCACCGGCGCCUGCACACAGGUGAGCGGCCCUUUGCCUGUGAAGUGUGCGGUAAGGCCUUUGCCAUCUCCAUGCGCCUGGCAGAACAUCGCCGCAUCCACACAGGUGAACGGCCCUACUCCUGCCCCGACUGCGGCAAGAGCUACCGCUCCUUCUCCAACCUCUGGAAGCACCGCAAGACCCACCAGCAGCAGCAUCAGGCAGCUGUGCGGCAGCAGCUGGCAGAAGCAGAGGCUGCUGUCGGCCUGGCUGUGAUGGAGACUGCAGUGGAGGCGCUGCCCCUGGUGGAGGCCAUUGAGAUCUACCCUCUGGCUGAAGCCGAAGGGGUCCAGAUCAGUGGCUGACCCUGCCCUGUUUUCCCCUUCAGCACCAUUGUGUCCUGUUGCUGAAGGCCUUCCAACAUCCCCUUAAACUCUGUACAGACUGUAGCCCUUCCCCGUCCUGUCCCCACCACUGUGUAAGUUCUAUAAUUGGAUCUGUUUUCCCUUUUGGGGUCCUUGAUAUGCAUAAAGGUACUCCCCCUACCUUCCAACUUUUAGCACUGGUAACCCCAAAGUGAAAUCAUCAAUAAAGACUGAGUUGGAGAUUA